AGAACUAUCUUUUAUAAUGACUUGUUAAAAUCAUUACGAGCCCAACAAUUCAUGAAUUACAUUACAAAUCAGAUUUUAGGUUAUGUUGAGAAUAAGAUAUGGGAUGAACAAUGGCAAGCCCGGUGA